CCUCGCUUAUAAAUAAGUGCUUCUCCGUUAGAUUACAAGCAGCAUCUCCCAUUCCUCACCACCAUAACAACACACACUACCACCAUCUUCAUAACACAGAAAAAAAAGAAAAAAAAAAAAAACAGAAUCAAAUGUCCCACCUUUCCCCUCGUAACUUCUUCAACAGAAGAAGAACUGACGCAGCCCAUCAACCAACCUGGGAGCCAUACCAAGCCCAGCAACACCACACCAUGGGCCUCACACACUCCAACCCAUCACCGCCGUUCAUGGCUUUCCCCGCCGAGCCCGCACCGAUCCUCAACUCGCACAUAGAGUUCAAGGAGACUCCGGAGGCGCACGUGUACAAGGCUCACCUUCCUGGAUUCAAGCGCAACGACGUGCGCGUGGAGGUGGGCGACGACAGGGUUCUCUGCAUCGUUUGCGGGAAGAGCGUGGAGAAGGAGGAGCAGCGAGAAGGGUGGCACUGCGUAGAACUCUCCAGCGGCCACUUCAUUCAGCGCCUCACUCUCCCCGAAAACUCACUCGUCGACCACGUCAAAGCCUUCAUGGAAAACGGGAUCCUCACCAUUACUGUUCCUAAAUACAACAAAGCCUCUCACGGUCGCGUCAGAAACAUCAACAUUUCUUCUCGUCCCUGAAUGUUUGUAACACCUAAGUUUAAGAAUUGAAACUCAACCGUUAUCUUUGUACGAGAAACAUGAUGGUUAUCUAAAUAAUAACUAUAAGUUGUGUGCGUGAGUCUAUGCUUUCAAUUAUGUUCGAGUAUUGGAUCAAUAAUUAGUUUGGGGGAUUCAUUACCUUCCAAACAAACACUUCCCAUAUGGAACUUGCAGAGACAAAGUAAUUACUCACGCUGCUUUGGUGUA